CCACGCGACACCUCCAUCACCUUUUUUCUACUCGCAUGACGACGGCCCUUUACGAAACUCACAGCGCCAGCUGCGGAAUCUGUGCCCCUAUUACGCGCUCCCUACACGCCUCUGUCCGUCAUCCUUGCGAAUCUCACAAGGCCUCUGCCGUGCAGUGCACUCAACAGCUCUGUUCGCACGGUUGUUGGUCCACGGCGUCAGGGGGGCGGUUCACGGGCGGGUGGCAGUCGCGUAUUACGGUUACAGAGGACGUGGGUGUUACUGCUCAGUCCGAGUCAAGGCUGCUCCAAAGCCUGGGUGGGCGGGUUUUCCGCGCGCUGCUGCAAGCGCCAUUGCAAGCGAUUGUGCGGCAAGGGGACUUUGUAAGUAGACUAUUUUUGUGGAGCUAAUAGCGGAAUGAAUGAAAGUAGAAUGAAUGCAUUGAACGUUGCCGCGCAUGGCUUCCCUGUGUUGGCCUAUAUCACAUCUGAGCCACUCUCACUGCCAUUCACGCUGCGUAUUCAGCACUCUAGCGCGCGGAAGCAGGUGACGCUGAUGCUCAGGACGCCCGCUGCGUACUUGUACGGCGCUGAUGACGAAGCGGCGUUCGUCGCGCAGUAUGAUGCCGACAAUCUGUUACCAGGAACCCGACAUCAUGCUGCGACUGCCCACAUCCCCAAUACGCGUCGCCUUGGAGUUGCACGCAAUAACAACGACUGCGAGCUAACGAGGCUUACAUUGUGCCUAAAAAAGCCGUGCCCGCUCUGGUGUCCCCUCAUGGAAGCAUUAACGCCUGCUCCCUCCGAAGACGCAGUCAAGUCCUUCAAUGAGCUCGUCGAGUUGGCCAAGGCAACAACAAUCCGUAUUUACUUCGACCAAGACUGGCUGAGUCCAGAGCAACAGGCACCCCUGUCGUGGCUCCUCAAGGGGAAGAACACAUACACUGGCUUUCCAGUCGGCAGGUACUACAGCAAACACUCCAGACGCGCAGACUGGACUGUUUUUCAACCUCUAGCCGAGGCGUUCACGCCGAAGAGGAGAGUCUCAGACUUGCCCUCCACGCCGCCGCCAUACAAACGUAGAACUACAGACAGGCAGUCGGAGCCUGACGCCAUUCUCGACGAUGUUGCAAACAAAGCACAGUCGCCCACCGAAAUCGCCACCCUCGCCUGCAAACAGCGCAAAGCCAUCAGCGCCGUCGUGCAACGGCACCUCCCUGCCUUGGUGGACAGACUCGUGCAACCCGCGAUGGACGAGCACCUUACCGCGCGCCUCCCGACGCUCUUCGCACUCCCUCCUACCUUCUCGCCCUCGCUCUCCGACUCUGACGGAUCGCAGUCACCUCAAGACCCCUCUGCGUCUGCGGCCGCACUUCCUGUACAUAGAUACAACUCGACUCCACUUGGCGCUCGACCCCCGCACAACCUCACACCCCUUGGCUUAUCCCUGCUCCCUCACCUUCUUGCGCACCUCUCCCCGCAACUUGAAAAGCUGCUCGCCUCCGCACUCCACGGCUCCCUCACCUACCAAGCGAAUGCCGCCUCUACAGAACUAUCCGAAACCGCUGAUGACUACUUAUGCGAGCUGAGGCAAGUCUGCGAUGACGGCGUGGAGGAGCUGCAGAAGCAGGCGGCGUACGUACUUGACGACGUGAGGGAGAAGGGAGGAGAUGCUGAGGACGAGCUUGUUGCGGAUGCGAGUGACAGGCUGUGGGCGGAGGGCGAUAGGGUGGUCGAGAGUGCUGGAGAGAGGGUCAGGGAGCGGGGCGAGAAGGUGCUGACAAACGUGAUGCAAAGGCUAGAAGGGAGACUGAAGCGGGCGAGCGAAGGUAAGGAGAACGAGGAGCACAGCAUCAAGGUUAAGCGUAGCGAGAAGCGGCAAAGAGCACGCUAG